AUGACAGGCACAGCAGGCCUCUUGGCCCUCCUCUCCGCCAUCGCGCAGACGGCCUGCGCUGCCACAGUCACGUAUGACUUCAACAUCGGCUGGGUGACGGCAAACCCAGAUGGUGCCUUCGACCGUCUGACAAUUGGUAUCAAUGGCCAAUGGCCGAUUCCUCGCAUCGAUGCCAAUGUCGGAGACAAUGUUAUCAUCAAUGCUCAUAACCAGCUAGGGAAUCAGUCGACCUCCCUUCACUUCCACGGCCUCUACAUGAACGGCACAACCCAUAUGGACGGACCGGCUCAAGUCAGCCAGUGCGCCAUCCCGCCGGGGUCGUCUUUCACGUACAACUUCACUUCGCAAUAUCCCGACGGCCUGCGACAAGUAUUCGUCAUUCACGACCCAAGCUCGCCCUUCAAGGACCAAUACGAUGAAGAAGUUGUUGUAUCUCUGUCCGAUUGGUACCAUGACCAGAUGGCCGACCUCAUUCCUCCCUUCAUGAGCAAGGGCAACCCAACGGGUGCAGAGCCCGUCCCGCAAGCCGCUCUCAUGAACGACACGCAGAACCUCAAGGUCCCGGUGCAGCCCGGCAAGACAUAUCUCUUCAGACUGGUCAAUGUGGCUGCCUUUGCUGGGCAAUACGUCUGGAUCGAGGGCCAUAACAUUUCUAUUGUUGAGGUCGACGGCGUCUACACGGAGCCCGCGGAGGCGAGCAUGAUCUAUAUUUCUGCUGCUCAGCGGUACAGCUUCCUCGUGACGACCCGAAAUGAUACCUCGUCCAACUUUGCGAUUGUGGGAAGCAUGGACACUUCACUCUUCGAUACCCUCCCGGAUGACCUCAACUACAACGUCACCGGCUGGCUCGUCUACGAUGACUCGAAACCUACAGACCCUGCAGCGACGCUCGACGCUUUCAACCCCUUUGAUGACAUGACCCUCGUCCCUUACGACAAGCAACCCCUCCUCCCGGAGCCCUCUCAGACUGUUGAGCUCGAUGUCAUCAUGGACAACCUUGGCGACGGUGCAAACUACGCCUUUUUCAACAACAUCACCUACAAGGCUCCCAAGGUACCCACUCUCUACACCGUCCUCUCCGCUGGUGACGCCGCGACAAAUGCAGAGGUAUACGGCACAUACACCCACCCUUUUGUGCUCGAGCGCAACGAGGUCGUCCAGAUCGUUGUCAACAACCUCGACCCGGGCCGUCACCCCUUCCACUUGCACGGCCACAACUUCCAGGCGUUGUACCGCGCCGCCGAAGACGGUGGCACGUUCGCUGAUGCUAAUGUUACCGAGGCGGAUUUCCCUGCUACGCCGAUGCGUCGUGAUACCCUCGUUGUUUGGCCGAAUGGAAACAUUGUUUUGCGAUUCAGAGCAAACAAUCCUGGCGUCUGGCUAUUCCAUUGCCACAUCGAGUGGCACGUAACCUCUGGCCUGAUGGCAACCUUUGUCGAGGCACCGCUGGAUCUCCAAAAGAACCUCACAAUCCCUCAGAACCACUUGGACGUCUGCACAGCAGGCAGCGUGCCGACGAUCGGCAACGCCGCAGCUAACACCAGGGACUACCUGGAUCUGAGCGGACAAAACACACCGCCAUCGCGUCUUCCGGACGGCUUCACCUCGAGAGGAAUUGUCGCCCUCGUCUUCAGCUGUAUCACCGGCAUCCUCGGCGUUUUGACUGUGGCGUGGUACGGUCUCGCAAAGACGCCAGACGGCCCCUCCGAGUCCGGGUACAGGGUGCCGGCGCCGGGCGUGACCGCGGGGGUGGACCACACCGCCGGAAAUCAUCAAAAGGAACCAAUCAUGGUUGGAGCCGGACCCGGCGGGUCUGGUGUGCAGUUCGGCCAAGCAAGCCAUUCUGCCCAGGCCGGGAGGUCAUGGUGGCUCAUCCACGUAGCAGGAUGGUGUAGCACUGUAGCGUAA